GGCUGGUUUAAAUGCGCACGCGCGGGAGUCUCUGGCAGAAAGCUGGGGAGCCCGGGCCGGCGCGGGGCCUUGUGGGAGGGCUUAAGGAAGUAAAAUGGCGGACCUGGCGAACGAAGAAAAGCCUGCCAUUGCUCCACCUGUCUUUGUGUUUCAGAAGGAUAAAGGACAAAAGUCCUCUGCAGAGCAAAAAGACUUGUCGGAUUCAGGAGAGGAGCCUCGGGGGGAGGCUGAGGCCCCCCACCAUGGCACAGGUCACCCCGAGUCAGCUGGCGAGCAUGCCCUAGAACCUCCUGCCCCCGCUAGCACUUCCGCCAGCACUCCUCCGCCUCCCGCUCCACGAGACCUGGCAGGGAGGUCAGCUGGAGGUUCCAGUCCUGAAGCGGGAGAAGAUUCUGACCGAGAAGAUGGGAAUUACUGCCCUCCUGUCAAGCGGGAGAGAACGUCCUCUUUAACCCAGUUCCCUGCUUCGCAGUCAGAGGAAAAAAGCAGUGGGUUCCGGUUGAAGCCACCGACGCUGAUCCAUGGCCAGGCACCCAGUGCAGGUCUGCCAAGCCAGAAGCCCAAGGAGCAGCAGCGCAGCGUGCUCCGCCCGGCCGUGCUGCAGGCCCCACAGCCGAAGGUGCUGCCACAGGCAGUCCCAAGCAGCGGCACCAAUGGGGUCAGCAUCCCAGCAGACUGCAUGGGGGCAGCGACAUCAUCGCCACCGGAAAACCCUGCACAGAGAAGCCCAUCCGAGCCCACAGACGAGGUGCAUGCACUUGAGGAGCAAGAUCCCCAAGAAAAUGAGUGUGGCGGCGCUUGUGGGGAGGAGAGCUGCGAGGGGAGAGAGCGGGCCUCGCAGCAAGCCUUUGUGUUCGGGCAGAACCUGAGGGACAGGGUGAAGCUGAUGAAUGAGAACACGGACACAGGUGGCCUGGACAACGCCGCGCAGCCCAGCUCAGAAACGCCAGCCGCCACCAACUACUUCCUCCAGUACAUCAGCUCCAGCUUAGAGAACUCAACCAACAGUGCCGAUGCCUCCAGCAACAAGUUUGUGUUUGGCCAAAACAUGAGCGAGCGCGUUUUGAGCCCCCCCAAGUUAAAUGAAGUCAGCUCAGAUGCCAGCAGGGAGAACGUGGCCGCCGAGUCUGGGUCUGAGUCCUCCUCCCAGGAGGCCACCCCUGAGAAAGAGUCGCUGGCCGAGUCGGCGGCCGCCUACACGAAGGCCACAGCACGGAAGUGUUUGCUGGAGAAGGUGGAGGUCAUCACCGGGGAGGAGGCGGAGAGCAACGUGUUACAGAUCCAGUGUAAGCUGUUCGUCUUCGAUAAGACGUCACAGUCAUGGGUGGAGCGAGGCCGGGGACUGCUCAGACUUAAUGACAUGGCGUCAGCAGACGACGGGACGCUGCAGUCCCGCCUAGUGAUGCGGACCCAGGGCAGCCUGCGGCUGAUCCUCAACACCAAGCUGUGGGCGCAGAUGCAGAUGGACAAGGCCAGCGAGAAGAGCAUCCGCAUCACAGCCAUGGACGCCGAGGACCAGGGCGUCAAGGUCUUCCUGAUCUCGGCCAGCUCCAAGGACACGGGUCAGUUGUACGCGGCCCUGCACCAUCGUAUCCUGGCCCUGCGCAGCCGUGUGGAGCAGGAGCAGGAGGCCAAGGUGCCGGCCCCUGAGCCCAGAGCCGCCCCAUCCAACGAGGAAGAGGACGACAGUGACGAUGACGUGCUGGCUCCCUCGGGGGCCGCCGGAGCUGGUGCAGGUGACGAAGGGGACGGGCAGACACCCGGGAGCACAUAGCGGCCGGAGCCAGCCCAUGAGCCUGCUGCUUUGUCCGUCUGUCCGCCGCCCGCCCCUCCCUGCAGGCUGCGUCCACAGGCCGGAACCGGAACCACACCCGCCGGGUUGGCCACUGUGUGGAUCAGCUCGUCAGUUCAAAAGCAGACCCAGGAGCUGCCUGGAUGUGGUUUUGGGACACGAGUCUCAUCAUAUUGAUGAGCCAAAAAGAGCGUUCCCUGCCCCUCCUUGAUUGAAAUGGCACAUUAAGACUUGUCACGGCCUCUCCCUGGGACUGACACCUGUGUUCUUCACCGCGUGUUGCAGCCCGGGCGUCCGGGCGCUGCCCCUCCUCCAUGGGCCCGCUGCGUGGGAGUGGCUCGGGGCCGGGUUGGGGACCGUUGGUUCACAGGAGGGCAAACGCCAGGCCCACGGACAUCCUGUUUACGACUUUCUAUUUCCCAGUCCCCAUGCUCUGAUUUGGGGUUUCUAUUUUACACCUUUUUUUUUUUUUUUCAUUUCAAAGGCGUUGGUUGGGUGUCUUGGAUUAAGAUGCUCCUGAGUGCUGCGCAG